CUUAGGGGCUGUGGAGGGGACAGCGCGAGACCAGGUGACAGGCAGGUUUGCGGCGGCGGGGGCGGGUUGUCAUCGUGGCGGCCUGCGGGCUGAACGAGGCUGUGGGAAGGGAGCGACUGCUACUGGUUUGCCGGUCGCACGGUUCCGGGUUCGCCCCGUGAGAAAUGCGGCUCCAGGUUACAAGAAGGCACGCAAAGAAUUCGUUGCGCAGUGACAGGUCUCCUCCAAUUGAAGAUGUCACAAAACGUAAAUGACUGGCAGACUAGACCCAGUGAAAGUUACUUAUUCAGACUAUAGCACUAAUUGAGAAGGUUAAAUGUAAAUUUGUAAAUAUGGUUCUACGCGAGUCUCCUUUCCCGAAUGCCUGUGUUCAUGGCCUGCAUUCUGCAGCUUGGGCCUUGAUCUUCCCUUGUUUUUGGUCCCUGGAUCAUAUGAUUGCUAUCUGCGUGCCAACGACUCCUGAGAAACGUCUGAAGCAGCAACAGGAAUGCUAUCUCUGGCCAGUGAAGACUUUCUUUAGUUUCCUUCUAUGCCUGACUCUACUGGUAAUCUGCAUGCCUCUGGCACUAAUUGGGUUCAUUGUUUGGGCUCCUCUACAGACAGUCAGAAGGCCAUUCAGUUAUUCUUACGUGAAGAAACCAGUAGCCAGUGCUGAGAAACAAUGGUCCGGUUACGGAGAGGGAAGGGGGUUCAGUUUUCUUGAAGCAAACCUGUGCUUUCUGCCCAAUAGUCUAGCCCGAUUUAACAAUCUGGCUAGGACCCAAAGGAGAGCUACUCAGAUCGCCACUCACAUCUGUGAAUCUGUAGGUCGGCCAAGGAUUAAAGUGUGCGUGGAUUCUCCAACGAGCAUGACUGCCAGCUCUCAGAGCGGGAGGAGCUCUUUGACCCCAGUCAGAGAUGUGCCUAAUUCGCACAGUGUCAACAGCACACAGGGGCCUGGGGAACUGCUUCCAGUCUUGAACAGCCUGCACUACAUUGAUAGCUCAGAGGAGAGCAGCGAAGUUGAGAAUAUGAGUCCAAGUCAAAUCAAUGUGCAUACUUCAGCAGUGGAAGCAAGCAGCCCGUCAGAAACUGUAGAAGAGCUGACAGGCGACCAACCCAGCCAGCAACCUGCUCCAUCUCCUGCCUUUGCAACAUGGCACAGCAGACCUCGAAAGAAGCAGAAUAGGAAAGAAGACCUGGUGGCAGAAAUAUCUCCACUGUUUCCUGCUGAUAUAGCCUUCGUCUGCCUACUGGAAGUCUUUGAGAAACGGGCAGCAGCCAAGUUAAAGCAGCUUCUUCAACCGGCAUUUGCACAUGUUCUCUAUGAUGUCGGCGUGUACGGCUUUCGUGGCUGCUGUGAGUUUAAAUUCCUCAACAGUGGGAUCUUCUUUGCUAGUCGCUAUCCCAUCCUUCAUGCAGAGUAUUACUGCUUUCCCAGGUCACGAGGAGAAGACGCCCUGGCUGCUAAAGGUCUCUUGUGUGUUAAGGUUGAAGUUGGAUUGACCCAAAAAGGCCAUCGGAUUGUGGGGUAUGUCAGCUGCACCCACCUACAUGCCACAGCAGAGGACAGCCACAUCCGUCAGAACCAACUCAGUCAUAUCGCAGAUUGGAUCAGCGAGUUCAUGAGUGCAACAGAGUGUGAGGAUGAGAAGGUUGUUUUCGAUGUUCUUUGUGGCGAUUUCAAUUUUGAUAACUGCUCGCUGGAGGAUCAUUUGGAGCAGCAGCAUCAGAUCCUCAAAAUGUAUAAAGAUCCUUGCUGCAUUGCACCGGGUAAAGAGAAGCCUGGGGUCAUAGGUACACUGUUAGAACAAAGAACGAUGUAUGAGGAGCCAGUAAUCAGUCCAGAGAAUUUGCAGCGGGCCUUGGAAAUCGAUGAGUUGAGGAAACAAUACCUGGCAUUCCCUGUUAACUGUGUUAUUGACACCUCCGAAAGUCCAGAGUCUUCAACUGUUGGAGGUGGACGCAGGAUUGAUUACUUGCUGUAUCGGGAAGAUACCGUUGCAAAGGAAGUGACGACUGAAGUGGAGGAAUUUACUUUUAUUACCCAGCUAGCUGGGUUGACAGACCACCUUCCAAUCGGAAUGAGACUCUUUAUUUCCAUGACAGCGGAGGAUGGCAACGAGAAUUGCGAUGAACUUUGACCCUCCUAAACUUCCCCACCAUCCAAUAAGUGCCAAAAGCUUCAAGAGGUUUUCUGAUGAGACAAAUCGACAUGUCAUUUUAAGUAGAGAGAAUGCAAGAGGACAUCAUGGGGAUGUGGAACUAACUGAACCGGUGUAUCACAGCAAAACCAACCAUCCAGGAGGUGCAGCAGCCUUGGCUCCCUCACCACCAGGUUCAGAAACACUAUAACUUCAUUUAUCACAACUCUGAAUUGAUUCCACAACUGACACUCAUUUUUCAAGGAUUUUUUAACAACAUGUGUUUUUAUUUGCAGUUUGUCUUUUGCACAAGGGUUGUCUGUUUACAGUGCCUAUAAAAAUUGGGGUAAUUAAUUUAGAUCACUUUGUAGUCCUGUUUUCAUUUUGACACGAAAGUAGUUUUUCUGUUGAUCAGUGUCAAAAAAGCCAAAUUAAAUCCGAGUCAAUGUUGUAAAACAAUAAAACCUGAGAACUUUGGGGGGGGGGGGGUUGGUGCAAACACCUUUUGUAGGCAAUGUAUGUAUUUUUUGUAAAUUCUAUUGUUCCUGUAUUUUCCCGUGUAUGCUUACAAGAGAAUGAAUCUCAAGAUAGUAAAUGCUAACAUAUACAUUAUUGAUAAUAUACUUUUGAGAAUAUGUCAGCUGCAAUAAAAUACUUUGGUGCACAAAACUGAAAAGCAGUGUAUUUAUUAAACAGGCUGGAAUAUCCAAGGACCCUGAGUAGCUUGAAACAAAAAAUCUCAGAGCUAACAGGUGCAUGAAUGUUGCAAUGAGGAAGGCAAAGGGUAUGAUGGCCUUUGUUAGGAGAGUAAUGAAGAAUGGUGGCACCUAGUUAUAUGCCAUUAAAGGAACAGCAGAUGCCUAUACAGUUUGGCACCAGUGGUGUUGCAGGAGUUGCUGGUCAGCGGUGAACUCAGCAUAAAACUCUGACUCCAGCUCUGUGUUUACUCCUGAAGCUUGAGGUUUGAGAUCAGUGUUUUCCUUUUAGAUAGAUGUCAACCACAGCUGACAAGUCCCAUCUGCCUGAAGUGAUUGGUUUUAAGGCACCAGUAACUUGCCUUUGCUCUUCCUCCUGUCAGUAGAA